AUGUCUGCAUACAUCGAUGGAGUGCUGGUACAUAUGGAGGCCCCCGAGGGCUACCACGUCGAUUUCGAGAAUCCGUUACGCCGCAGGGUGCCCGAUAUCUACUAUUUGACCGGAGUGGCAUGUCUGCUGUCGCUCCUCAGCAUGGUGCAGCGCUUCUACACCAAAGCGGCGAUAGACAAGAAGAUACAGGCGGAUGAUUAUCUCUUAAUAUUCGCGUAUCUCAGCGCCUUAGCAACAAUAGGCCUAACCCUCCUCACCUUUGUCCAAACAUACGCCGGCGUUCAUGCGUGGGAGAUCUCCGAAUGGAAUUACUGCUCGUUGUUGGUGUACACAUAUAUGUCGUGGGCCGUCUAUAUUGUCUGCGGAUCUCUAGCGAAGUUAUCACUGCUCGCCUUCUAUCUCCGUCUGAGUCCUCAGCGAUGGUUUUACAUUGCAACGUGGACUACUAUCGGCUUUGUCAUCGCCUAUACGGUAGCCCUACUGCCUACGAUGCUUAUGGGAUGCAAGUUUGUUGAUGGAAGACUGGGCGGAGACGAUAAGCUCACAUGUCCCGCCGUAAGCAUGGCCAAUGCGAUUCUGAAUAUUGUCUCCGACGUGAUUCUCUUUGUGCUUCCGGUGCCAAUGGUUCUCAAGCUUCAGGUUAAGAAACUUCAAAAAUUUGGGCUGUUGUUGAUCUUUGGAGUCGGCUCCUUGACCAUCAUCACAUCAAUUGUUAGAGCUGCUGUUCUCCCUGCUAUGACGCAAUCAGCUGAUCAAAGCUGGGAAAUCACCAAUGUCUCCAUCUGUAUCGUCGUCGAAGCCAACUUAUUUGUGAUGUGUGCUGCCUUACCCACACUACGUAAGUUCUUCCAGCACACAACGCCCAAGUACAUCUUGGACAGUUUGUACGGUAGCUCGAAAUCGAAAUCGGCAACAAAAUCCACAAAUCAAGGCGACUCCUCACAGCGGCCAACGUUAGUGACUAUUGGGGGAGGGACGGGCAAUAAACAGCGACCGCGCUCGUACCCCACAGGCAUGACGAUACCAUCGCCCACCGGAAGCAGUUCCGAGAUUCUGCCUAUUCAGUCCUUUUCAGCUAGAACGAGCACGACAACGACAGACGGAGGUGAUAUGCUAACUCCUCUGCCUGGUGAUAUACCAUUGCAGUACCAGAGUUACAGGGUUGGUGUCGCUAAAUGA